AUGGCGUCGACGAAGCCCGGUCCCGCAAUCAACCUCGAAGAAGAGGCGGAAGGCAGCGUUGCAGCAGCCGUAGACGGUUCAAUUCUCUUAUCAGAUGGCGAGGCUGCGAGCUUACUCGUUUGUCACUCUCCGUUCGACGGGAGGGACAUCGAUUGCAAUCCUUAUUUCCCUUUCUCAGGCCCGAUUUCAGAUUAUGGAUCGGGUUCUUACACGGACUCAGAGCCCGAUCCGUACAUCUGUCCCAUCGAUUUCUUCUAUCGAGAGUCUUCCGAGGUUGACGCUGCUGAGUACUUGGAAUCGGAGGGGAUGACCGCCGAUGAUUUCAAUUUAUGGGGCUUUUACGACCCGAAGGAAGACGAGGAGGAGAUAGUUCUGGGGACUGGAUCCGGGUCAGGAACCGAGUCGGAUCAGCAGCCCGGUGACUCAGGCGAGCAAGGGCUUCGAGUGACCGGUAUCGAUUCAGAUUCCGAUUACGAAGAUGGCGUGUUUGAUUUUACCUCAGGGGAUGGUGGGAAUGGGGCAAACGAUUCGGGUCGGGUCGAGGUUGGUACGGGUCUUCCUCCUGUCUGGGAUUACGGCUUCGGUGAGGAAACCAUGUUGGCUGAUGAAGAGUGGGAGGAGGUGCAGAACGCCAUCAACUGGACGGUUAGGGCUUUUAGUAGAUCGGAAGACGAGGAAGAAGAAGAAGGAGAAGAAUUGUCAUCACCGUCCCGAAUUUCAUCAAGGGAUGAUGAUGAAGAAGAGCAUGAACUGGACUGGGAGGUUUUGUUAACUGUUAACAAUGUUGUUAAUUAUAUAGAACAAGCUGAAGGAAUCACGAUAAACCCUGGUGAUAUCGAUCCGAGUUAUUACCUGUAUCUAGCUAGUUUGGAUGAAUAUGAGAAUGAUGAUGCUAUUCUUGGGCAAAUGUUUGAUAACGAGACUGGAAUCAGGGGAAAUCCACCAGCAGCCAAAAGGGUUGUUGAGGCUCUCCCAGUUGUGGAAAUUACAGUGGAAGAAGUAAACAAUGGGAACAUCGUUUGUGCGGUCUGCAAAGAUGAAAUGGUCCUAGAGGAGAAAGUCAGGAAGCUUCCUUGUAGACAUUUCUAUCAUGGGGAGUGUAUUAUUCCUUGGUUGGGGAUAAGGAACACUUGCCCUGUUUGUCGAUUUGAGCUUCCUACUGAUGAUCUUGAGUAUGAAAGGGAGAGGAGAUCACAAAGGAACGGUGGCAGCUUUUUCCUUGCCGGGUAG